AUGCUCGCACAGCAUAAACUCAUCGAGGACAUGAUUCACCAUGCAUGGGCCAAAUUACCGGCGCGUCCCGGCAUCCGUCUCCCUGUCCUAUCAACCGGUGUCCGGAUCACCGCAAAGUCCUCCCCAGUCCAUCGAGGCUCUCUUGCAUACGCAUCCCCAAACACACCCCGGGCUGCCAGCACCGGUCCCGAAUUAACUAACGGCUCAACCAAUGUAUUCGCAGGUCCAAUUAGCGUACCUAGCAGUCGUGGCAUUAUAAUGCGCGGUGCCAGCAGUCUCGUUCACCGAAAAAUCGGCAUCGUCACACGUACACGAAGGCGCGCUCGACACAUGGGACGCAUUUCUCCAGCAUAUUCGUUCAGUACAAUGUCAGCGACCUCCGAGGCGCACACCCGCGUUGCCGCGAGGUUGACAUACCCUUUGGAUGACGCUUACGACGGCGAGAGCGUGGCUAGCAGGGGCCAGCAUGCUGGGAGGUCGGCCCAGUCUGCGCUCGUUAUCUCGGGCCUUGGAGGUAGAUUUCUGGCAACGGCCAAGGGCCAUCAUAUGCAGGGUUCAGAGCACAGUGAUUCAAGGCCUUCUGGGAGACAUCAGCACAUUGCUCGUCCUUCACGUCGGCUGAAUGUCUCUUGA